AUGAGGAAACCACAUCUCUUGUUGUUGGUAUCGCUGCUGUUUGGUACGCUUGGUACAGCCAGCCUGCCUUACCACCACCAUGCAUCGAAUGCCGAGCCAGUAACAUCCAGCGCCGUCCUUCCCGAAACCAUUGUACAAGACAUGUUACAUGUUGAUGUUACCACACGUGAUCCGGACCUCGAGUUGUUACCCUCCCCAUCCGGAAACAACCGCGUAGCAGCCUCUGGGAAACCUGAUGCUGAAUCUGAACCUACAGAGGCGCUUGAUACUGGCGCCGAAUCCGCCGAAGUGUCUAAAAUAGCAGCCGAUCUGACCAAAGCGACCACUGGGGUAUCAGACGCUGCUGUCAAAGGAGUUGUGCGCAAGGGCUGCCACAAAAACAAAGCAGCACAUGAUGGAGGAUCGGAUAGCAACGGAUGCUCGUGCUGCUGCUGCCACCAUGAGGGCACUCCCACGUACCAUCUGACUAUGCCUGACCCAACCCUGGAAGGUAUGGCCACGAUCUCUUUGCCUGUUGUGGGCCCGCCGUAUAAGUACGGGUGCGGUGACUGCCAUCGCGCGCUGCCCCAUGUGGUUGUGGCUGCCCUGCUUGCCGCUACGCACCACCACCACCUUGCUGCUGCCCGCCACCACCGCCGCCGCCAUGCUGCUGUGGUUGCCCUCCCUGCUGCUGCCAGGACCCCUGCUGUUGCCAGAACAACUGCUGCUGCCAGGAUAAUUGCUGCUGCCAGGACCCUUGCUGUUGCCAGAACAACUGUUGCUGCCAAAACCCAUGCUGGUGUCAGAACCCGUGUUGCAAUUGCUGUGGUGAUGACGGUGGCCAAAAUGGCAAAAAGAAGCUAUCGCAUGGAAGCACUCACGCUUUGGCCGGAAAGAAAGGCAAGCACAAGUGCAAGAAGAGCCAUGGUAGUCAGCGCGACGCAGACGAUGGUGGUGAAGAGUAAACAGGCAUCGCUCACUGGUCAAUUUCCGAUUUUUUUGUCUGCUUCUGCUCCAUAUGGAUUUCUGCCUUGUGUCAUGAAUACUCCACAAGUUAUAGUGAAUGCUGCGCUGUAUUUCGACCAACGUGGUAGUACCAGCAGCCGCUUUGGGCUGGCGAUGCAACCCCCAUCGCAUGUUUUGCGAUGCAAAUAA